AUCGCAUUGCCAAUUCCACACGAGAGUCGAUAGUUUGAAACAAAAAAACUUAUCGCGUAUAAUCAUUAAUAUAUAUAUAUAUAUUAUAUCUAGCUAUUGUUGUAAAUAUAUGAAUUAAUAAAUAUAUAUAUAUAAUAUUCACCUCUAAACGUCAGCAGGGUAAUAAUUUUAGGCAUCUGGUAGAGUUGAGACGAUGCUGCCCACACCGAUUCUGUGGCAUCUCUGCUACAGCGCUGCGGAUCAGACAGCCGAAGUCGAGGUUUUCGCCGACUUUUCGGCCAUCGUCAAUGGCAUCGGCUAUCUCUGUCCGCAGUAGUUUUUCAUUUCGCUUGCGUCGCUUCGCAGUUCGGAAAUUCAAGUGAUUAUACAAACAUCUACAAAAGAAAUUUCUCUGCUUUAAUAGAAAAAGAAACAACAAACAAAUUUAUGACGGUUAUCAGCCACUGUCGACUUUAAUAGAAAUUAAAAAUAUAUAUUUUUCUGCGGAAUCCAAGUGUUUUAAUCAUUGGCAGAAUUCGGUGGGCGUCUCGGUGGACAGAAGCAGAAAAAUAAACGUGCAAGAGCAAUUUAGCGGUAACUUAAAUUGAAAAGAAAAUAAACGCUGAAAAUGGAAAAAUUGGAUGCUAACUUGGAGACUCAAUUCGAUCUUAAUCUUAUUGAGGCAGUAAAGCAAAAUCCUGUUAUAUAUGACCGGUCACAUUACAAUUACAAACAUUUUGUAAGAAAGGCGCAAACUUGGAAGCAGAUUGCAGAAUUACUUGGAGUACCUGAACAAAAAUGUACGAAACGUUGGAAAAGUUUGCGUGAUAAAUUCGCACGUGAGAUGAAAUUGUGUCAGGAAUCUCGGUGGCGUUACUUCAAACAAAUGCAGUUUCUUGUGGAUUCCAUAAGACAGUAUCGAGAAUCUCUCUUAGGCAAAUGUAAUAAUGUACAGCAGACCACCAAUCAGGUUGCACAGGUUGAUCCAAAUCAACAACAACAACAACAGCAAACACAGCAACAAGCUGUAGUCGAUGUAUUUGCACAACCGUUUAAUGGCACCGCCACAACAUCAACUCAGGCUCUAGCACAUCCGCAUGAAAUUACAGUUACAGGCGACACUCAAUUAACCGCCGCCGCCAAGGACCCAAAACCGUAUUUUUAUGAGCCAGCACUAAAACGAGAACGUACCGAGGAAGACAAUCACGACAAUAUGCUAAAUACGAUUAAAAUAUUCCAAAACUCAAUGACUCAAGCAGUUAGCGCUGAGGAUCAGUCGUUUGGUAUGGUGGUGACCGAUAUGUUGAACACUUUAGGGGUACGACAGAAGGCCGAGGCAAAAGUACACAUUAUCAAAUACCUUACAGAUAUGCAGCUCCUGGCACAGCAUAAUAAAUAUUAGUCAAGGCACAUAUUGCCAUUAAAAAUUAUUGAAGUUUGGUGUGUGGUGUAGCGUUUUUAAACUGAUAUUAAAUCGUGUAACCUACAUUCCCACAAAUUGCCUGCCUUCGAUAAAAGUUUUAAUGUGGACUUCGAAAAAUAGCAACUUACCAAAUAACAGAUAUACAUAUAAAUUUUGUUUAGGGCUGACAACUGAAAGGCAAAAAACAAAGUUUUACAUUCAAAAAAUAAUUAAAUAUGAAAAUCUUAAAAAAAAUUGCAUUGUAAAAAAUGCGCUUUAUUAUUUAUAGUGAUCUUAAGUUAAUUAAUAUACGAUCUUAUAAGUAUAUGCUUCUAAAGAAUUUAAAUUUAUGUAUCAUAUAUAUUGCGUUAUAAAUAUCUGCCAUUAUUCGGUAAUGGUAAAAAUUUACACUAGAAUUAGUUGUAAAAAAGAAAUGGAUUAAACGUUAUUUUAAUAAACUAGCAACAAGCAAAAUUUUUUAGGAAGUUUAUGUUGUUGUUGUAUCGGCAGAAAAUAUCCUUUAAGAAAUUUCUAGAAAUGCUGCCAAGUUGACAGUCUUUAGAUAAAAAUCUGGGUCCGUUCCGGUUACGUAAGAACGACCAAAAAAAGUUUAUAUGGGGUUAUGUUUAUUUGUAAUAAAAUGCAUUUUCUUAGACUUUAUUUUUGAAAUCAAUGGCCAUCUCACUUUCUCCUCAUUCUGAUAUAUGGUACAUAUGUAAGUAUAGGAUUACAAUCGUUUCAACUAUAGUGGUUGUUGAGUUAGAUUGUUACUUUGUUGUUGUAGUUUUCUUUGAUGUUGUUGUCGUGAGUCCGAAAUAAAAUUUUUGGUCACCCCUGAUUUACAUACUUAAUAAUAAAAAAGAUCAUGUUUGUUACGAAAGUGCUAAUAAAUUUAAUAUCUGUCCAAUUUGUAUAACUUAUACGAUUGAAAAACAAGUACUAAACUAAAAUUUUUUUAAUUUACUAAGUUGAUUGUUCCGUCGGAGUCCCUGCUUCCGAAGACGUCGCCAAUAUUGCUUUGUUUCUGGGUCCAUUUCCUCUACAGGUGCAUCGAGUUUGCUUGGAGAACCAAUUAAAGAGCUUGGAUUCGAUUUAGGCGACAGUAGCAAUUUUUCUGACGGACAAAGUGCCCAGUUUAUGGUUAAUGUAAAAGGUGUUAAAGAUAAAGGUAAAAUGUAUUUUUGGGCGAAUCGGACGCCUGAAUCCGGGUGGUUCAUUGAUCGCUUAGAAUUAGAGUUGCGCUCCCAACCUGAAAAACGUUUCCUAAUAAAAAAAUCUCAAACAAUGAAAACAACCGUCAACGAUGAACGUAACGAAUGAAAUUGUUCUUCUACUUCAUCACGUUAACGUGAAAUGCACUAGUACAUAAGAUAGAUGCACCUACAUGCACACAUGUUUAGUGAAAAUUGAAUUAAAUGCAAAGUGCAGUAACAAAUUAAAAAAUAUAAUCAUAGUUUUUACAAAUACAACUUGACUGUUUGUGAAAUAUGUAUAUUACAAAUAUAUUUUUAAGCAUAAACUAGUUAGUAUUUUUUGAGUAAAAACCCUUGCAUGUUUGAAGUAAUUUCUGUAACAAAAUAUUAAAUUAUACUAUUCA